AUGAACUCCUCCUCGCGUCUCCUCCGCGCACGUCCUGCGCCGGCAUCGCCAUGCCAGCUGUGUCAGCACAUCCUGCGUCAGCCUAAGUGGCAGCAGCGACGCCCAUUGAGCUCCGCUCUUGCCUCCGAGUCCCGUCCUCGAAGUCAGCUUCCCCAGCGGACCCGGCAGUACCCUCGCAAGACCCCAGUCUCAGGAAGCGCACGCGCACCCCAAUCAAUUGCGAGCCAACUCCUCAUCCGCCCAGCCAGCACUACAAAUGCGGUCCAUCCGGAGCUCACGGCGCUUGCUGCCGCGAAUGUCAAGAAGGCCCAAGAGGCCGUACUAGCUAUACUGAACAGGGAGUCGGUGCCUUCGGAAGAUACCCUUUUGGAGACCCUCAGUGUUGCGCAGAGCGCUGCUGCAUUCUUGGCUGAAGUAGAUGGCCAGCAAAAGCGAUCUACUGUUCCUGCAAAAGCAUCAACGCCGACAUCCGUACUGCUGGACCUUGAGCCGCACUCGACUAAUCCUUCCGAUCGAAUUGAGGCGCUAUCGACGUUGUUGUACAAGCUGAUGAAGUACCCGCCUGUCUUCAUAUCUCCAAAGGUGCUGGAUGCCUACAUUACGACCCAGUCCAUUCUCGAGAAGCCUGAAAGCUUCCCGGAAGUUUUGCACCUGUAUGCGAACAAGCCCGUCGCAGCGCCGAACACCUCGCCCGUCAAAUACAGCAAUCCGAGUCCAAACAAUCCCGCAGCUGCCGUGUCGUCCGAAAGUGCGAACUACGCACUGGAUGCAGCAAUAAACGCCAAAGACUUGCACUUGGCGCUGUCCAUCAUUGAGCUUACGUUUAGGCAGCCUGCCUACCGUCGUGCACUCAUAGUCCGAAAGGUUAUGCCACCAUUCAUGGGUCUUGCUCUCGCGCCUGGAGCUGCAUACGUCCUGGCCUCUAAAUUUGCCGACUACCAGCAGGUAGUAAACCCUCAAUCGGCCACGCAAAUGGCCAUGAUUGGCAUAAUGACAUACGUUGGGGCGGUUUCCACGAUUGGUAUCGUGGCUGUCACCACGGCAAACGAUCAAAUGGAUAGGAUCUCUUGGGCUCAGGGGAUGGCACUGUCGGAGAGAUAUCUGAGGGAAGAGGAGCGAGCGGCUAUUGACAGGGUCGCGCAGGCGUGGGGCUUCAAAGACCCUAACAGGAAGGGCGAGGAGGAAGGGGAGGAGUGGGAAGAACUGAGGGAAUGGGCAGGCCUUAGGGGAAUGGUGCUGGACAAGGUGGAACUCAUGGAAGGCAUGCAAUAG